GCGCGGCGGCCGCGUCCCUGCCUGCGGCGCCUGGAAACGGCGCGGUGCUUCCCGGCGCUUCCCGGCGCCUCACGGUGCUUCCCUGCGCUUCCCUGCGCCUCCCGGUGCUUCCCGGCGCCUCCCGGUGCGUCCCGGCGCUUCCCUGCGCUUCCCGGCGCUUCCCGGCGGCCGCGCUCGCCCCGGCAGCCCGGAGCGGCCCCGGGGCGCUGCUGCUGGAGCUCUGUUGUGACCUUGUUCCCUCAGCCCUUCCUGCCAGAUUGUAAUGUUUUUAUGAUAUGGAAGAAUCAUCUUGGAAGCUUGUCAAGUAAAUGUAUAUACAGUUGAUUCAUUCUCCAGAGUUUAUAGUUUUUGCAGCUUGACAAGCUGUCUAUUGGCCAUCAUGAGUUCAUCCUCUCCUGUCAACUAUUCUGUCACAGAAGCUAGAAGCCUACAUAAUGAGGAAUGUGAGUUACUACAGAAGAGCAAUGAAUUAGAUUUGGAUGCUGUUUUAGGUGUGAAAUGGAAACUUCUUCAAGCUAAAAAAGAAAACUUGGACUUAACUAUUCGACACAAUCAAGAAGUGUCCAACUAUGAGAAACAGAUAAUCAAAUUACGGUCGGAAUUUGAGAAAGGAGAGGCCAUUCGACAAGGUCUGGAGUAUGAAUUGGCAGUUGCCAGAAAAAGUGCCCAUCUGAAAAUGUGUACUGCAGAAGAAGAAUUGUGUGAUGCAAAAAACAAACUUAAGGAACUGCAAGUACUCAAUGAAAACCUUCAACAGAAAGUGACAGAGACUGAGAAAAUGUUUCAUAAUGCUGAACAGAAGUGGAAAGAAGAACAGCAAAGACUCUCAAAGGAGCUGAAUAAUGACCUGCAAAAUAUACGCAAGAAAUUGAGAGAUGUGGAAGUGGAGCACAGUGGCUGCAAUGAGGUGCUAAGAUGCCAGGCCAAUGAACUUAAAUGCAGCACUGAACGAGAGAAGAGACUUUUAAAGGAACUUGAAUCAGCUGCAGUGAGAAAAAAGAAGCUGGAAGAAAACAUUGAAGCAGAGAGAGCAGCGCAUUUAGCAUCCAAUUUCGCUUCAGAGAUCAUCCAGUUAAGAAUUCAAGAACUUGAAGAAGCUGUGCGUGUGGAAAAGGACAGACGAGAAGAAGCUCUUUCAGAUUUAGACAUGAUCAAGAAAGAGUUCAAAGGGUUGGAAUAUGCGUAUGAGAGAGAAAAACACAAUGCCCAAGAGAACUUGGAGAAACUCAGUGUAUUAGAAAAAGAGUGUUACUCCUCCAACAAUCAAAUUAAAGAACUGAUUGAGGAAAAGAAGAAGGUAAUUAUGGACCUCUCUGCAAGACUAGGGAAUGCUGAAAAAAGCUGCAGUGAAUUGCAGAGUGAACUUGCAAUGGCCAAGAAACACCAGGUCUUUCUAACAGAGACGUAUGAAAACAACAUGAGAGAGCUGGAGUUACUCUUGGACAGCUUUGCUAUGUCAGACCAGCGGACAGCAGGCACUUGUGAGGACAAAGAUAAACCUCUGAGCUGCUCUGUCGUUGAGACUUUGAGGUGUACCUUGACAGCUUACCAGAACAAGCUGGAAGAUACGUCUAAUGAGCUUGAGAAAACGAAGACUUUGUGUAAAAAGAUGACAAAAGAAUUUGAGGUAUCUGAGGAGAAAAUGUGUGCUUUAAGACAAGACCUUAAGGAAGCUCAGGAUACCAUGGCUGAUGCCAAUAAAGAGUUAAACUAUCUGCAAUCUAAGUGUGCAGACAGAGAGACUUUAAUAGAAACUUUAAAAAUGGAACUACAGGAUGUACAGCAAUGCUGGGAGAAAGAGCAAGUACGUGCCACAGAAUCUGAAAAUGAAAUCCAGAAGCUUACCAGGGCUUACCAGAAGGAUAUGGAGGAGAAACUAGCCUUCCUUCAUAGCUUAUACCAGCAUUUGAUAGCAGGCUGUGUACUUAUAAAACAACCAGAAGGCAUCCUAGAUAGCUUCUCUUGGCCUGAGCUUUGUGUAGUCUUGCAGGAGAAUGUUGAUGCCCUGAUCUCAGACCUCAACAGGGCUAAUGAGAAGAUAUCUCACCUGGAAUAUGUUUGCAAAAACAAGUCCAAUACUAUGAAGGAGCUUCAGCAGAGCCAGGAAGAUGCUUUUAACAAAAUGGCUGCACAAAUGAAAGCACAGGCAAGCUGUUGGCAGAAUGAAAAAAAGUAUCUGGAACAGCAGUACUCAGGCCUCCUUGGGGAAGUUCAUGCAAGGGCACAGGAAUAUCAAGUAGCAGCAGAGAAAAGUAAGGCAAAAAUUUAUGUACUUGAAAAAAGUCAAGAGAAAUUGGCUCUUGAAAACACUUCUGUGAAAAAGAUGUUAACACAGUUUCAGAAGGAGCAUUCCUCACUCCUGGCAGCCUGUGCACUAUUAGCAGGUGCCCUGUAUCCUCUGUAUGGCCGAUUGUGUGCUGUGUCUUCCCAAAGAGACCUUCUCCAGGAUCAAGUGAACACAUAUGAAUUAGUGAACCAGAAGAUUAGGACCCUAGUUCAUGCUCUCUCUGAUGAUAAGGGAAACACUGAAGAUGAAGUAAAACUAAAGAAAAGAAAAUCCCAGGGCCUGAUUUAUGUAUUCCGAAGAGCUGUGAUUGCAGUUUUGGCAGCCAACAGACUUAAGGUUUUAGCACAGUCUUCUAGUUCCCUCUUCACCUGGACAAAUGGCUUAAAAGAAGGCAUUGGAAUUCCAGUUUGUGUAGGAGAAUCCAAAGGCAAGCGUAAUCUGUCAAGUUGUGACGAGGAAGCGCUUGACUGUGUGGAAGCACUCAGCUGGUUUGCUAGUUCCAACCUCCUUGCUGCAAUAAUCAGUUCCGUCACUGAAUUGCAGGAUGUUGUUAACAAACCAGGGUGUUUUUUGUUUGACUGUUUGGGGGUUUUGUUUGUCUUUGUGUUUUGGUUUUUUUUUAAAGGUACAAAGUCCUGGGUUUCUGGAAAGUUACUUGUAAAUGCAGCCAGGAAUUCGUUUUCAAAACUUAUGGACAAGCUGAAUGUUAUAAUGGAGACGGUUCCAUUAGACCACAGCAAGUACAUUACUUAUCUGGAGAAAGACUCCUUGGUACAGAGCCUGGCUCAUGGACUUAAUAAAAUAAAUACCCAGGCCAUGGAAGCUGGAUUGUGUGACAGAGUAUCCAGUAUGAAAAACUUUGAAUCCUUGCAAAAGCGAAUAUUUGAAUUUACACAAAGACUUCAUACAGCAGAAGUAGAACGUCGCUCACUGCGCCUACAACUUGCAGAAUUCAAAUUGAAUUUCAGUGAAAUAAAAAAAGAAGCAGACAAAGCAGAGAGGCUGCAAGAACAAUUAAAUAUGCUUAAGCAAAAAUUAAUCACCAAUGAGAGGUUUGAAAGUGUAUGUGAAGAAUUAAGUAAUGCAUUACAUCGGGAGCAUCAGGCACAAUUGCUUUUGAAUGAACAAGCACAACAGCUACAGGAGUUAAAUAAUAAACUAGAAUGGCAAUCCAGUGAAGAAGCAGAUAAAACCCAAGUCUUAAGUGAAUCUGUAAAGCCCUACUACUGUCUUUCCACCUCGCAGUAUUCUUCUGUGAAUUGACAACUGAGCAAAGGGACUGCUUCACCAGCAUUUUGACAAAUAGAAGCACUUAUAAGUCUGAGAGAAGAAGUGUCAAGCAGGAGGAGAACCAAAAUGAUUCCAGCUGCAAAAGUAUUAGAAAUUUCAUAAAUAUUGAAAAUAUUACUAUGAAAGUAGAUGUCAAAGAGGAUGAGUUGCAGCAAAGUAGAUGUGAUGUAUAGUGGAGGAUGCUGAAUGAUGUUGUGAAAUUUAUUGAGGAGGCUUUUCACUGUUGGUAUUAUUUACUAAAAAUGCCUUACCUCACUAAAGGUAAAAGACAGUGGCAUUUCCAAUUUACCUGUUAGGUUUUGUGUGGUUUUUUUUUCUCCCUCACAAUUCCCUAGUUUUGGGUGUUAAUUGAAAUGGAAGAAUAAAUGUGCUACUGUUUUUCAGUCAGGUUGCUUGUUAAUACUAUUGUAUUUUCUUUCAGCUAUAACUGCAGUGUAUAUAUAAGCUGUUAUUCUUGUGUUUGAUUUCUUUGAGAAAUGCUUGAUUUGAGAUUUUUAAAUGGCUAUUAGGAAUAUAAAGAAGGGAAGGACUAGAAGACAAAUCCUAUUUCAAAUCUUAAUUUUUGUCUACUUUUUGUACAUUAAUACAUGUUUUUUCACCAUGUUUUACUUUUUCUAAAACACGCCUUUUCAUUUGUUCAGAGACUGUGAAGAGAAAGGUCAAUUGUAGGCAAUUAAAAUAUAGGAGAAACUUUUAAACAGAUCUCUUACAUAGAUUAUUGGAUACUGAAUUAUAUUUCACAGCUUCUGGUUUUUGUUAAUUGAAGGCUAUAUACAAGUUUUUUUGAGACAGUCAUGAUCCUAAAAUGCAUCCUAAUUUUGCAGUUCUUUAACAGUUGUUUGCUACUGGAACGUUUUCCUUUAAUGUAAAAUGCUUGGUUAUUGCUGAAAUCUUUCAAGGUAUCAUGCAAUGUAAUAGGUGAUAGGUGAUAAAAUAGGUGAUAGGGUGGAGACAAAGAACAUUGACAAAAUAAACCUUAAGAUCUGAAGUUUACUACUUACAGGUACACUGAUUUGGUUUAUUACUUUGUAAGUCGCAAUCCUUCCCAUUGAGGAGUUUUAAACCAAUUUUAAGUUGUAGGCUUGUUGCUGUGUACUGUCCCUCAACUUAGGUUAAUUGGUAUCUCAUUAUUUCUUUAUUAUAUUUACUACAAAAGAUAGUACAAAAUUGCAUUUUGGUUGUAACAGCAUGUAUCUGUGACAGUAUCAAAAAAGGAGACAAGAACAAUUGUGGUAACAUCAAAACAUGUUAAAGAUCUUGUGGUCCUUGAUUUUUUUUUUUAGUCAUGUAGAUACAAUUUUGCAAUGUAUGCAUCCUAAGUCAUCAUUUUACCUUCACUUUUUAUAAUUGUUUUUACAAUUCCAAACGUGUGUUGUAUAAGUAUUUUUGAAAUUCAAAUGGCAGUCUAAUAUAAUACUUUGAUCCCAAGGAAUAAAAGUAAUUCUUAAAUUUUGAGCCCCAUAUCUUUUGGUUUUUAAAAUUUAAGAAAAACUCUCUUUUUCCCACAGUUAACUACCAUCCAACCUUUUUCCUGCCUUUAUUCACAACAGGAAGAAAUGGUCUCUGCCCUGGCAUCUUAAUUGACAGAUCCUUUUCUUUAGCUUAAUUAGGUUUUUUGACUUAAAAUGUUAGGGUUUUUUUGUGGGGCUUUUUGUAGCUUUCAUUUUUCAGUACAGUUAAACAACAUAGUCUUUGUAAUAACCAAUCUUGCCCUUGUAAAACUGUUUAAAAUUGCAUAUGGUUUCAAGCACUUAAAUAAUACUGAAAAAAAAAAUAUUUUUUAGUGUUGCAGUGUAAAAAACAAAAUAGAAAAAUAUGUCUCCAUCUUCAUUUUAAGAUACAAAAUGGUAUUACUUGUAUAGACUAAAGUGUAUAUAAAAAUUUGGUCAGUCUGAUGGCAUACAAGUAAGGUCUGUUAGAGUAGAGUGACAUGGAGUGAAAAAAAAUAGACAUGCUUUGAAUUCUUUAUUAAUAAUUUUUUAAAAGUAAGAAGAAGAAAAUAAAAAUAUUAGAUACCUUCACUUUUGAUAGCUUAUUUUUAAACUUAUUCACAGCAAUCAGUAAGGAGAUAUUUUGGUAUUCAUGUACUUUCAUAAAGUAGGCUUAUUAAAGGAGUAAUACUUAAUUUCUUAGUUUUAUCAGUUCAGAUUUUAAUCCUGUAUAUUUUUAUCUUCUUAGUGGCAUAUACCAUAGAGACAUCCAAAAUAGCCAAUUACAUUCAAGGUCAGCUGGAACUAAGCAACUCUUUAACACCACUUCUUUUUAUUAGAUGAGGUGAAUCAUUUGCUCUGGUUCCUUAUUAUUUGAAGAGAAACUUUUACACAAAUGCUAAACAGGUAUCAACUCCUGAUACCAGCUGUUCUUAAUCAAGUAAAGUAUUUUUGUUUCCUAUUGAUAUGCACAGUCUAUAUAUUUACUUCCUUUUAGCUAUGUUAGUGCCCGUAUAUUUUUAAGGUUCUAUUUAUGGAUCAAAUUCUAUAAAUUGUUAAUUAAUACCUCCAGUGCAGUAGAUACCAAAUCAUAUUGCUUGAUACUGAUAUGCCUCAACAUAAAUACUUGUUUUAGAAGAAGGUACCCUAAAUUUUGGGUUUGCUUAAACUGCUGAGUUUAGUGAAGCUGCAAUUAAUUUAUGACAGAAUAAAUGAGGAAAAAAAUCUCAUCCAAUUGCUUUGAUAACACUCACAAAAAGAUGUUUUCUGGUGGGAAGAUCUGAAGUGUUUGUUUUCAAUACCUAUGUCAUUCAAAUUGUACAUACAUAUUCUCUGUCCAGAGUAUCCUUUACUAAACAGGUAUAACUAAAUUAAUUUGAUUCAAUGAAGAUUGGGAUUUCUCUGUUUGUUAAAAUGGAUUGUUUGUUAAAAUGGUUUCCCUCAGCAGGUGUUUUCAGCUCAGUUCUUCGUUGAUUUUGAGGUAAAGGUGAUACACAAUUUUCUGCUUUUCAUUGCUUUUCCUCUUCAUAUAUUUAUAGCCACAUAUUUUCUCUGAAAGAGCAUUUCAAAUAUUUACACAAUUUCUUUUACUAAUACCACUAGACAUACUUAUUGAGUGAGUUUUACAGAUUUUUCUGAAAAUGCUGCAGUAUUCUAACUUGGAGAAAGGUUAAAAUCUUCACUUACAUGAGGAAAACCAAGUGAUUUUCAUGCUUCUCAGAAAGAUUGCAGUAACAGUAAGAACAGAAAUAGGAUUUGAGAUUUUAUUUUCCUCUGACAUCUCAAGUUGGAAAGAUUGCUAGAAUGUGGAUGCACUGAGGGAUACUGUUGAUUCUAAAAACUUGUUUGUGUCUUUGUCAAGAAACUGCAUUUCUGUGCAUUGCCUGAUUAAAUGUAAGGCUGUUCCUUAAAGAAAGCAGUAUAGUUGAUUACUGCUAGCAUCUAACUCAACAGAAAUGUAUACUAGUGAAAUUUAGCAUGUUAAAGAGAAGCAAGCUCCCUCCUGAAUUUUAAUUAGAAACUAAAAUUCAUAAUUCAUUAAUUAAAUAUGGAAGGUUGUUAGGUUUUGGGUUUUUUUAGUUUCCGUACUGUUUAUGUUCUGAACACCUAAAUAACUUAUAAGAUAGAUAAGAAUGGAUUAGUAUUGUCAUCUGCUCUGUUCUUAGUUGAAAGAGGUAAUGUGUAUUCUUCGUACAAUAAAUAGCAGGUUAAAGAGUUUUGUCAGGUACUUCAAUUUGUGUUAAUGCUAUUUGUAAAAUAAGUAGAAGUGUUCAUUCUGCUCUCUUACAUAACGUCCACUACUGCUAACUUCUUAGUCUUCAAAGACUUAGGUUAACUAGAAACUUGUCAUCAAACUAGUUAGUUUUUUGUGCUUUUUUGUUUAUAAAAUUCCAGUGCAUUGCAUGUGGAAUUUAGGUUUAUGGAAAGAGAUAGUCUUUCUUUUAGUAGCUGCUGUCUUUUCAUAAUAGGAAGACACAAAGAUAGCACACAAUUGUGGGCUAGACCUGAGAGCUCUUUUUCGCAAUAGGAGACAGAACACAGCUUAGAUAAAGUCUGCACUCUAUUAUUAUUAGCGAGUCUGUAUUUCAGAACUCUGAACUUCACUUUACAUUUCAUGCUUCUGUGGUUUAUCCAGGGAUUUAGAUUCAUUGAAUCAUAGGAAGUACUUAGUUGGAAAAGAUUUACAAUGAUGAUCAACAUCCAGCUCCUGGCCCUGCACAGAGCCGUCUCUGAGUCACACCGUGUGCCUGAGAGCAUUGUCCAAAUGCUUCUUGAACUCUGUCAGGCUAGUUCUGUGACCACUAGCCUGGGGAACUCUUCCAUGCCCAACAAACCUCUGAGUGAAGAACUUGCUCUUAGACAGGUUUUUAAAUCUAUUUCCUUUGUUGUGUACCUAGAACAUUUAUCAGUAUUAGCAUUAGUCUGGAGGGACUGAAGUCAGUACAUGUCUUUUAGAUUUGUUUUGUGCUGUAGUCAUCAAUGAAGCAGCCAAACAAUUAUCAACUAAGUUGUUGAAGGUCUGCAUUAACUUUUCUGAGUCAAACUUUCUGGAAAAUAUGUAAGUUAUUCUCAGAAUGGGAGGAAGAAUAAAGUUAAAGUUUGUGAUUUUGAAUUCAUUGUAUGUUUGCAUUAACAUGAAGGUCAAUGCAACAAUGCAAAAUAUUGUAGUAUAAGUUACACAACCAUAAUUCAAUUGGAAGCUCUUAUUUUGAAAGGAUAUCAUCAUUUCUGUUGUGUUUCUGUUUCAUUUCUCUGCAUUUCCUCUUUUGUCCAAUUUUACAAGUUGAAUGUCAGCAAUAAUUAAUUUUUGAGCAAUGUGAAGGUUUUGUAUUGGAAUUUGAACACGUAUUUACCCCAGGUGAACAACUUUUUUUCCUAUAUUAUGCCGCUGUGCAGUACUUUAUUGGUUGGUAUUAAGAAUAUUAUUUACUACCUUUACAUAGCAAGAAAAUGAUAAAAUUGUAUCCAAUGCUACUUUACAUUGCAAGAAGAAUAAUUGGCCAUUUAUUACAUUUAUGUUCAAUCUAAUCAGAUGUAAAUAUUAUUUAUUGGAUAAACAAGAAAAAGCAUCCCUAAGUAAGAAAAAUUAAUAUCUUAUUUUUAACUUGCUGAAGAGUUUAAGAUAACUCUGAGAAAACACUCUCACCAUUACAUCAAUUUGUAUGUAACUUAGACACUGAAACAGAACACUGGAAUGUCAUGAUUAUGUAACAUCACUUUAGUUAAUCUUUGAAAGCUAAUUAUGACAACAAGUUAAAUUCCAGGUAAGAAUAGGUUUACCCUUCUCCAGAAAAUUAUGGAAUAAGUUUGUUCAUGCUAAUCUGAUUCAAUAGCCUCAUUUGACAGUCACUUUAUGAGUCAUGCACUCACAUGAGACCUUGGGAUUUUUGGUCCAAUGUAUGACUGACUGACACAGAGUGAAAUCCAGAGUGCCUUGGUGUUAACAGUGUAGUAACAUUGCCCAUUUCAGAGAAUACUUUUGCUGAGUCUGUUUGCUACACUAUAGUAUUAAAAAAAAGAUAAAUCUGACAUUCUGUCAAAGUUUAGAUAAAGAGAAAAAGUAACUUAAACAAAGUAAUUGCAUGAACCAGUACAUUUUUAGUCUUUUAAAAGUAGCCUUCAGUAUUUUCUGAGUAUUCCAUUUGUAGGAACUAUUUGUCUCCCCCUUGGGGAAAGGAGAGAAUAAAUGGAACAAUAUCAGGAUCUAAAAGCUUAAUGGUUUUAUUUCUGCAUUGUAAUUAUACUAAUAAAUACCUCUAUCCAUGACCCUGGAAUUUAUAGUGCAGUGAGAAAGAUUUAUUGACAAGAUUUAUUUGGAAGAAAAAUGAGAUUAUUGUGUAAUUACAGCAUGUGGUUAUUAAGCAUAUGUACAUACCAUUUAUUCCUGUUAUUUCAAGACCUUCAACUAUCUUUCAGUUUUCACUCAAAAAUACUGAAAGGCUUCCUGGUCUUCUUCUGGGAGAUCUUUGUUAUAUUAUUGGAUCAACUACAAAGUAACUGUGUUACCCUGAGAUGUGUAGAGGGGAUCAAUAGAUCAUUAAAACAGCAUGAGAUUUUUUAAAGAAGGUGUUCUAUACCCUAUUUUUCCUGGUAGUAUAGAUAUCAAUGUGUAGGACUUUCUAUGAUGCAGGUUCUGUGUCUCCUUGAUAUAGAAUUCCUUUAUAGGUAGAUUUGCUUUUUGUUGCUGUUUAUCUAGGAUGUCUCCAGGGCCUCAUAAUUUUUUACCUGAGUCAUGUUUUCCCAUGUUCUCCCUUUCUCUUUGUGUGCAACUAAUUCUGCAAAUAUCUUUAUAUCUUCUUGUCGAACCAUAAGUAAAAUAUUUCAAAUAGCUAUUGAAAUAUAAUUAAACUGUUGGAAUAUAAUUAUGUAUCUAACUGUCAUAAGACUAAAACAAGAGAUGCAUUCCUUUGCACCUGUAUUCCCUUGGCUGCAUGCUAUGACAGCAGCUGGGCCUAUCUUUCAUAUAAUUUGAUCUUUUAAUUUAAUUUGAUACUCCAUUAGGUAUUCAGUGAUUUUCAAGGGGAAGGUUUUUCAAAAUUUAUACCAGUUUCAGCUUCCAGAAUCUGUACCUAUGCUGUCUAUUAGAGCAUGGAAACUCUUCAAAAUUAUAGCAGGGCAACAAACUCAAAACAAAAAUUAUAUUUUAUGCUGCCUAAUUUUUGUGUUGUCUUUUACAAUAUAUAUUUAUGAAAAAUCCAGUGAGGUUCUUGUUGCUAGAUAAUUUUACUUUUCCGUUAAAAAGACUUUAAAAUGUUUCCAAAUCUUUCUAGUUAAAGUAAAAUCACCUUAAGUGUUGUUGUAUUUUGGGGGUUUUGUUUGUUAAUAUUUUGUUUUGGUUUUUUUUGUCUGUUUACUUUUCAAUAAGAAAUUGAGUGAUUUUAGAAUUAGGACAUUAAAAUUCUCAAUUCUAAGUAGCAGUCCAAAUAUUUCUUUUAUAAAUACUACACUGUUUACAGGAAAAUUUCUCAGGUGUGAGAAAGAAGAAAUAAGUGUUCUUAGAAAAAGUUAAUAAUAAUUUACUAAAAUAAUUGGUUGUGUGGUAUCACCUAGUGAUAGGCAUAUUCCUGUCAUUUACAUUGGUGAGUGAAGUAGGUAACUUUCCAAGUUUUGUACCACUAUGGUGCCAUUUUGUCUUAUAGUUAAGAAAUAUACCAAAA